GUGAUGCGUGUGUUUUUGUUAUUGUUGUAGGUUAGUGGAACAGCUGAGAGCGAAGAGACAUCGUUGUGCAUCUUUAAAAAAACGUUUAAUCGUUUUCUGACACGGAUGGACUUUGUCUGCCUUUAAGCUAAAUAGGGACGGAUCAAUUGGACAAUCUGCAGAGCAAACAGAUCAGAAUAAGGUUCUCACCAGUGUUAUUGUGUUGCCAUGGAGAAGGCUUGGAGGGUGGAGUUUCGGAACGUGGGUAGUAGCUACUUCCCUCAGAGCCGCGUGGAAUGCCACUACAGUAUCACCUCGCAACAUACCUGGGCCAGCCAUGACUGGGUCGGACUCUUCAAGGUGGGAUGGUUGUCAGUGAAGGACUACCACACCUUUGUUUGGGCCCUGGCACCGGAAGGCUACCAGGAGGGCACAGAUGUCAACUGCUGUGUUAACUUCCAGGCCUCCUAUCUGCCCAAGUCCAGUUCCCAGCAGUACCAGUUCGUGUACGUGGAUGGGAAGGGAGAGGUGUGCUCUGCCAGCUCCCAGUUUACCUUCAGCGCCCCUAAACCUUUGGAGGACCUGGUCACCCUGGAGGAAGGAGCCCACGGAGAGGAGGGGGGGACCGACAUGCUUCUGGUCGUACCCAGGGCCGAGCUACUGCAGAGCCGCCUGCAAGAGUGUCUUCGGGAGCGAGCCGAGCUGCUCCAUGCACGGGAGUCCGCCGAGAGGAUGAAGGAGAGAGAGAGGGAGAAGUACAGGAGGGCAAGAGAGGCGUGGGACAGAGGGUGUGAGGAGCUGGAGAGGAACAUCGCAGACCUGAAGGAAGAGCUGCGAGAAAGCAGAGACAGGGUGGAAGAGAUGGAGAGGAGGCAGGAGGAGGUGGAGGCAUCAGGAGAGGCCUUGGCUCAAGAGAAGAGCUCCAUACUGACUAUGAAAGCAGCCAGCGAACAGCGAAUCAGAGAGCUGGAGGAUGACAUUAAAGCCCUGGCACUGAAGGCUUUGGAACGAGAGACUGAACUGGAGAGGAUGAAGGAGAGGGCCAAGAAGCAAGCAGUUCAAAGGAGGGAGGAGGAGAAAGAGAGGAAAGUUCUGCAGCUCAAGCUGGAGCAGUCCGAGGGGGAGCUGCGCAGUCUGUCUGCUGAGUUCCAGGGUCUGAGGAGCUCCCUGGCCCAGAGAGACACACACGCCCUACAGCUACGGGACACCAUCACCACCCUCACAUACAGGCUGAGUACGGCGCAGCGGAAAGAGGUGAGGCUGGCACCACCCACAAAGGGCCCGAGGGUAGUUAAUAAAAGGGAUCGUUGUGGCCGGGAGGGCCUGAAGGGAGAGCUGUGUGCCCUGGUGGCCCAGAGGGACCAGGGCCAGACAGAGCUGCACCAGGCCAGGCUCCAAGCGGCACAGCUCACCCUGCAGCUAGCCGACGCCAGCCUGGCCCUGAGGGAGGCCAGAGCACACUGGGCCCAGGAGAGACAGAGCCUGCAGUGCAGCACUGAGAAGGCCAGAGAGCGUCUGGAGAAGCUGAAUGGAGAGACCCAGCGGAUAGAGAUGAAGCUCCAGGAGGAGAGGAUGGAGAGAGAGAAGGUGGAAGUGGAGCUGGGAAGAGAGAAGGACUGUAACCGGGUGCAGCUGGGUGAGACAUGCAGGGAGCUCCAGGAGCUGAAGGCCAGUCUGAGGGUGGCCCAGAAGGAGAAGGAGCAGCUGCUGCUGGAGCAACAGGACCUGAUGGAGUACAUGGGUCAGGUGGAACAGAGGAGAGAGGCUUUGGCAGAUGCCAAGUGGAGCGCUGCGGUGUUCGCCUCCACCAGCCUCCAUGACAGUCCUCUGUCUGACUCUGAGGAUGAGAACCCUGAGGCCCUGCAGCCCUCCCGCCAACCCUGCAGGCAGCCCCCCUCCUCCCACCCCCUUGCCCACUACAGCCUGUGUGACCCACAGGCCCAGCCUGACUCCCUGCUCCCCUACCCCCCUUCCUCCCCCAGAGACAUGUCCCGGUCCCUGUCCCGAGGGGGCGUCGUCAUCAGCCAGCCCGCUCCCCUGUUGUUGCCCAGGCAAUCGGGCGGAGACACCCUAACACACAGCUCUGAGUCGGAGGAGGAGAAUAACACCGACCAGUGCGGAGGACACAGCUCUGGAGAGGAGGCAGCCCUGCUGCUGCCUGAGACCACAGACACAGUCCUCAGUGACCUGGCUAAUACCUCUCAGUGGUAGAGAGCGGAGCUACAGGACCAAGUCAACAGCAUCACUGAGAUGUUUUGGCAACGGAACGUUGCUCUUCGUUCGACACGGCGACGCUCGUCAUUCAUCCUGUUUUGUGUCAUGUCGUCUCUCAUCCACAAUCAUUACCAUCGUGUGUUGUAUUUCCUCAUCGUUUUUUUAAGACUCGUUUCUUUUUUCUUUCCCCCUGAUUUUUCUGUCUGAGGGUCAAUUGAACUGUAUUAUCUAUCACGACUGUCCCGGUAAGGGUUGAAGAGUUCGUCCAAAGGGUCGAGGUGUUGGUGCCACUAUACAGGACAACAGUUUGCUCACACAUGGGUUGUAAAAAGCCAUAGUGAAAAAGUGUGACGUCUGUAACAUUACAACCCAGUCCGUCAUAAUAACAACUUUGUCAGCGCCGACGGACAUCCUGCUCAGUUGAAGGUUGUGCUUCAAUACGUUUUGGAGUACCCUCGUCUCUGCACCUGUUGAGCUAUACCUGUGGUGUAGUUUAGUACUACACAUCUGUUUGCCACCCUGGGUGUGAGUGAUUUUGACGCCCUGGCAUGUGCACCAAAUGUUCCGUAGCACUGAGAUCGACGGGUGUUUUGUCGUCGUCAGAUCUAGACCUCCGUGGGAAGUUCUAUGUCUACGUCUACUGUGAGCUACGUGGGUGUGUAGUGUAACUUCUAUUCAGGACAGCUGCCUACUCCCAUUGCAAUAAGGCUCCCAGUGGUUUUCUGGUGUGUAUGUUUGUUUGUUGAGGUCAUCUUACUUAUGGGAAAAAAAAAAAAAAGUAGUUCUUGGUAAAUACUAUAUACUGUCUGUUUGUGUGGGUUUCUGUAAUAAAAUAAACAUGUAUGUGUAUCAA